AUGCCCACGUGGCUCCUCUGCGUGCUGCUGGUGCUGGUCCUUAGUGUCACCGGCACUCGCACCUUGCAAAAAGCUAUCCGCGCGCGUCAAAAAGAGCGGUGGCAGUGUGGCGUCUCACCCGAGUCGACAUCUCUCCUUGGCGUUGAUUCCGCUUCAACCGACGGUACCAAGGCCCAUGCUGGAGAACCGCAGCUUCGCGCCGAUGUGCCGUGGCGGAAAAUCGCGACUCUUUUCGGUCUAUUUGUCGUCGUCGCCGGGAUGAGACUUGUCCGCGGAGGGCAAAACUUUGACAGUCCGAUUGGCCUCGAUUCAUCAUCAGCCUUGUACCCCGUGCUCCAGCAGAGCCCUGCAUAUGAGCUUGAAGCCCACGAAAUUCAGUGGACGUCGUCAUCGAUCAAGUUCUUUCCCGUUUUCUCGUUCGCAGCUGGAACAGUCUCCGGCAUGUUUGGCAUCGGCGGAGGCAUCAUCAAUGCGCCGCUGCUGCUUGAGGUGGGCGUCGACCCUUCGGCCGCUUCGGCCAUGACUGCGGCGACCGUGCUCUUCUCGAGUGGAAUGUCGUCGUUCAACUAUCUUAUGUUGGGAAAGUUGGACCUGGACCUCGCACGACUCAUGCUGCCCAUGGGGUUCCUCACUACGUACAUUGGACACAUUUGUCUGCUAAAGGUUGUUCGCCGAUUCCAGUGUCCAAGCUUAAUUGUCUUCUCCAUGGCCGCGAUCGUUCUGAUCAGUGCCGUCGCCAUGAGCGUCGAAUGCGUCCGGGCGCUCCUGUCGUGA